UCAAAAAUUUGUAACUAUCAAAGGAUCUACCGACGAAAUCGAUUAUUCUCCACAACCCUCUAUUCAAAAGCUUGAAAAUUUCGGAGAAUCUACCGACGAAAUUGAAUUUUCUCCUGCACACCCUUCUAUUCAAAAGUUUAAAAAUCUACCGACGGAAUUGGUAAUUCCCCUUCGGAAUGCUAUUAUUGUGGUGGAUACACUCCGUCAGAAUGUGAGAAUUUAUGUUACCUCCUCGGCUAUAGAUAUUUUGUUUGUAAUUUGA